AUGACUGUGGACUACCUUGAAAUCAAGAACGAAAUCCCAUCGUUGAAAGAGAAAGAGGUGCGUGUUGUCAUCCAAUCUGCGUCAGCAUCGACCUACUCGGACACCUCACAUGUACGGACUCUCCUCAACGAUUCCAGGUUCCGCCCCAGCAGAGUCCUGCAUAUUGUGCAACAUGGUAUAGGCGCCCUCCGCCUCCCUCUUCCAUCUUCAGAGCUCGUCACCAAGAUUUUCCACGACGACGGAAGCGUGGCAUAUACCUCGACGAGAGCUAAGAAAUCUUCCGGCAGCGCUGUUCUCAGUCACCCGAAGCUAGGGGAUUUGAUCAGCACAACUUACUACUGGGGCCCGGGGCGUCCUCCAAUACUCAAACUCCUCGAAAGGCAAGACGACGUGGAUACUGUCACAGUCCAUGGGAAGUGCAUUUCUCGAACCACCAACUUCACCACUCCUGACGGCUCCGUAUUCGAAUGGAGCUAUACGUGCACAAAGGACACCAACGGCAAGAAAGUCAAUGUUAUCGUCCUGGAAGAAAAAGAGACGGGAAAGAUUCUGGCUCAGUUGAAUAGAGGCGAAGGGACUCGCAUGGAGGGAACCUCGAGAUGUAGCGCCGGCAAUGGUGGACAGCUUAUUCUCGACCAGGACGCUACAAGCCACAUGGAUAAGGCGUUGAUCGUCGCGACAUGUCUAGUGAUGCUUAAGAAGGAGAUUGACCGCAGACGGUGUGCACAGAUGGCCGUCAUGGCUGGAGCAGCAUCGUCCGGGAGUUGA